UUAUUUGAAAUAGAUGAAAGUGAAAUGCAAAUAAAUGGUCAAUGUUUUGUCAUCAAAGAUCGGAUUUACAAUAAUAAUAAGCGAAUUUUGUUACUGUCAACGAAAAACAUGAUGCAAUUAUUGCAACAAGCAGAUUUUUGGGUCCUUGAUGGUACAUUUAAGAUUGUGCCACACAUAUUUCAACAAUUAUACACCAUACAUGGUAAUUUAUCAGUAACAGGAAAUAAAACAAAAACGUUCCCUUUACUGUAUUGUUUAUGCACAAACAAAGAUAAGAAAACAUACGACAUGAUAUUUGAAUUAUUACAAGAAUACGGAGUGGAAAAUGAUUUAGAAUUUCAUCCAAAAAUAUGUAUUUUGGACUUCGAAAAGGCGGCAAUCCAAAGUUUAAAAUCUAAUUUUGAGAAUGUGAUACUACAUGGCUGCCACUUUCAUCUCGGGCAAAUAUUAUAUCGGCAAGUUCAACAAAGGGGUUUAACACAAAGAUAUGCAAGUGAUAUAAAGUUUAAAACAGAUGUAAAAUGUCUUUUGGCACUGAGUUUUUUGCCUCCGAACGAGAUUCCUAUAUAUUUUAAUAAAUUACUCGUCAGUUAUAAAGACGACGAUGAUAUUAUUUCUUUAGCCCAUUGGUUUGAAGAAAAUUAUGUUAGUGGCACUUGCAGUGCCCCCGCAAGAUAUAUUCCGGAAUUUUGGAGCUGCGAGUUGAUAAAUACAUUAAAAUUGCCACGAACUCAAAAUUCAGCGGAAGCUUGGCAUCAUCACAUUAACCAAAUAAUAGAUAAAAAAUCUCCCGGAUUUUAUCACCUUAUAAAAGAACUUAUAAAAGAGACAAUAAUAAAGGAAUCAGAGAUAGAAAAGAUGUUAUGCGGAUCACCGCCUGAAAAAAAAAGAAGAAAGUAUAUCAUUAAAGAUGAAAAAUUGAAAAAAAUAAUAGAAAUUAAAGAAAAUCUUAAUGAAAUAAAAUACUUGAAAGAAAUUUCAAAAAUAAUUUGAAUAUUGUUAUAUAUUAAUUCUGCAUUUACACAAUUACUGUUAAUUAAAUUGAAGUUAUUUAAAAUCUGUAUAAAUAAUAAUUUAGAAGAAGUUACCUCUAUUGUUAACACUUCUAGAAAAUAAAGUUAUUGUUACUUAUAUUAUUGUUACUUAAAUAAGUGUCAUUUAUUAUAAUAUAUUAAUCCUGCAUGUACGAAAUUACUGUUAAUAAAAUAGAAGUUAUU